UAGUUUCUUUGCUUACUGCGUGUGUCCCUCAAUCGUCAACUGCACAUUGAUAGAAACUUAUCGAAUGGAUACAAUGUUAUUCUAAGCAAUCGGCAUGUGCGCCUUUGCUGCAUGGUAAAAUAAUAGGCUACACCAAAGUUGUUUUGUAGAGUAAACGGGAGUUUUUUUGUCGUUGCUCAGAUCAAGCUAGUUUGUGACCUGAUAGUCGGAAUCGUCUUUGUGUCCUCUCUCGUGCGCUUUAAUUGAACUGUUCUAUUAGUGUUAUUAUUUUUAAAUAAAAAACUGUUUUAUUUAGUUCAGGAAAACUUUUUUUGACGAUGUUUUUACCCACUGUUGUACAUAAGUUGGGCAGUAUUUUUUUGUGCACAUUUAAAGGAACGAAAUGUGGGAGUCAAUGAAGGUGUUAGAGCAGUGAUGUCACAGAGCUGAAGACAUUUCCUGUCAAUAUGGAGUCUGGAGAGCGGCUGGCCUCCCCCGCGCCCCCCACCCUGCCCACCGCUCACACCUCCUCCCCUGCUGCCUCCUCCUCCUCUUCCUCCUCCUCGUCCUCCCCGGCUCCCCACUCCAAGAGCAGUCUGGCCCCCAGCCCUGCAGCCUCACUGGGAUCUACCCUCAGCACCUCUGGUCGUUUGUAUGGGGCGAUGAGCGACCAGCAGCCCUACACGUUGUCAAGUGCCUUCCCCCUGGUCAGCCACCCAGGCUUCGGCCUGUACACCACCAGCUCAGGACGCCCAGAGUUUGGAGGCCUGGGGUCGUUGGGGUCCCUGGGUUCUCUGGGGUCCUUGGGGAUGUCUGCUGCCCUGGCCGCACACCCCCAGCUGGGGGCUCUGACAGAAUGGUGGCGAGCAGCAGAGGCCCACAGUAGGGGGGCAGCAGCCUUCCUCCCUCCAUUCCUGGGCCUCCCUACAAUGUUCACCCCCCACAUCCAGCAGAACCACAGCCCCCUGCAAGCCCCAUCUAGGACCCCCAGCAAAAACGGACAGAUCCCCAAAGGGGUGAAUGGGGCAGUGAACGGAAGUGGGGUCUCCUCCCCAACCAUGCAGGGGUCUUACUCCAUGAACGCGUCCCCAUCUCUGGGUGCCUCCCAGUCUGUUAAGGGCCCCAAGGCCAGGGGCCCCAGGAGCAGCCCUCACAGCCAGAGCCACACAGCAGAGCUACAGCUGGAGAAAGUACCCCACAAACCUAAAGACCAGAAGCCCAGUAAAAAGCCAGCAGAGGUCGCCGGGGUCAGUGACAGCGAAUCAGGCUCCUCCUCGGACAGCUCCAGCGACGGAGCCAUCAGCAGCGACCUGGAGGACCUCGGAGGGGAAGAGGACGACGACGAUGAUGAUGACGACGAUGAUGAUGACGACGAGGAAGAGAAUGGAAAGUGUGAGGUGUGGAACUCUGAGAAGGAGAAGGCGAGGCGGGCGAAGAAAAAAAUGAAGAUCGGGACACUAAGCUCGGGCAUGAAGGAGGCCCUAGACAAGAGGAACAGCUUGCCCCACAGCCUACCCUCCGACCCCCCCCUGGUCCCCUCACAGCACUGCCCCUCUCCUCCUACCCUGUCCCAGAGCUCCUCCCUGUCCCUCCAGACCUCCCGGCCCAGGGAGGAGGGUCUCCAACAGCACCUCAGUGUCAUCCAGUCCACGGGCCUAGCAGCCAGCUCCAUGCCCCUGGCUCUCCUCACCCAACCCCGCAGGGAAACUUCUCCAUCACCCCUGUCUGCCUCUCCAAUCCCCCUCAUCACCUCCCCCAAAGGACGCACCACAUCCUCCCCCAAGCCACCCAAGUUCCUGCCCUCCUCGCCGCAGAACCUGCCCCUGUCCCUCUGCACCUCCCUGUCCCGCUCGGUACCCCUGUCCUCCUCGCCUCAAUCCUUCCCUCUCCUCACGUCGCCCAUGGCCAACUCCCAGCAGACCAAGCCUCUGAAGACACCUGGCAGUGGGAAGGCCAGUAAGAGGAAGCUGCUGGAGGAAUCACUCUCUCAAAUCAACGAAUUCAGGCUCAAACAGUCUUUACUCUCGCAAGGCCAGACGUUCCCGGCAGCGCUGCCCAAGAAGCAGCAGGGUCACAGAACCUCUCGGAAGGCUGCUGGGGUGACGUCAUUCCUUGCCGCCCCCAAGCUGUCCUCCUCGGAGAGUCCGGGUGGCGGUGGCAGAAGCACCAAGUUGCCCCCUGCUCUCCUUCCCCCUCCCUCCCAGAACAACCACUCCAACCUCUUCCUGUCCAGCGCUCUCCUGGGCCUGGCUGCCCACCCCAACGGAGUCAUCCAAAGCACCACUGCUCAGGACGCACCGCUGGCCCUUAUCACCAAGCCCCGCAAGGACUCCAACAAGGACCUCUCUGGGACAGGGGCGUCCCUCUCGCUGCCCGUCAACCUCAGCACCGGCGGAAGGGCCCACUUGGCCUCCUCUCAGGGCCCCCCGGCGAGGCCCGCUACCUCACUCUCACCGGCAACGGCCCGGGGCCCCAGGAAGAUCAAAGCCCCCAAGACCCCUAAGCUCCAGGCCCCUAACCUCCAGGUUCAGGCCCAUGCUCUGGCCCCCAUGGCAGCCUGGAAGGGCCUCUCUCAGAGUCACCUGGUGCAGUCUCUGGUGGACCUGUUCAGAGGGGCCGAGGCCGGCCUCCCAGGUCUCCCCGGUCUCCCUAGCAGCAAGGACUCUGAUGACUCUGUUGAGGAUGACGACGACGACGAUGAUGAUGAUGAUGAUGAUCUGGAUGAUUUGGAGGAUGAUGAGGAGGACUCGGAUGACAGCUUGUCAGAUUCUGACAGUAACUCGGAAAGCGAUGCGGACGUCUCCGGUGGCAAACUGAAGGACCCGAAGCUGAAGCUGCCAUCUUCAGGCUCCGCCUCCAAGAGGGAGAAGACCCCACUCAAGCUAACCAAAGGCCACGCCUCCUUACUGAGCAACUCAACCAAUCACACAGCCACCAGCUGCUCCCCGCUCAACCUGCAGGUCAUCAAGACGCCCAACAUCGUCACCAGCUCCAGUGCCUUGGCCUAUCACAGCUCUCCUUCCUCCUCCUACUCCCUGGCCAUGCCCCCAGGCGCAGGGAAAAGAAAGAGGGUGAUGGAUGAGCAGGAGUUGAGGAUACCUCUAGAGUUGGGCUGGCAGAGAGAAACACGGAUCAAGAGCGUGUCUGGGAAGAUGCAAGGCGACGUGGCAUAUUACGCGCCAUGCGGGAAGAAGUUGAGGCAGUACCCAGAUGUGAUGAAGUAUCUAUCCAGAAAUGGAAUAAGUGGCAUCACACGCGAUAAUUUUAGCUUCAGUGCAAAGAUAAUGGUUGGUGACUUCUAUGAAGCCAGAGAAGGACCCCAGGGUCUGCAGUGGAGCCUGCUGAAGGACGAGGACGUCAUCCCCCAUAUCCUGGCCAUGGAGGGCCGGCGGGGACGGCCCCCCAACUCAGAGCGCCAGCGCGGGGCCGAGGGGGGGAAGGGCUCCCGGAGAAGGAAGGGCCGGCCGUCCAACGUGGGAGAGGGUCUGGGGUUGGGGGCCGAGGUGCCUAGCCCCAGCGAGGCCAAACUCUUACGCAAACUGGAGGCCCAAGAGAUAGCCAGGCAGGCGGCCCAGAUGAAGAUGAUGAGGAAGCUGGAGAAGCAGGCCAUGGCCAGGGCAGCCAAAGAGGCCAGGAAGCAACAAGCCAUCAUGGCGGCCGAGGAAAGGAGGAAGCAGAAGGAGCAAAUGAAGAUCAUCAAGCAGCAGGAGAAGAUCAAGCGUAUUCAGCAGAUCAGGUUGGAGAAGGAGAUGAGGGCACAACAGAUUCUGGAGGCUAAACGGAGAAAGAAAGAAGAGGUUGCGAAUGCCAAAAUUAUGGAGGCAGAGAAACGAAUAAAGGAGAAAGAAAUGCGAAGACAGCAUGCAGUCAUUUUGAAGCACCAGGAGUUGGAGAGGCAUAGACUAGAUAUGGUAUGGGAGAGGGAGAGGAGACGGCAACACGGGAUGCUCAUGAAGGCGGUGGAGGCUCGCAAGAAAGCAGAGGAGCGUGAGCGCUUGCGGCAGGAAAAGAGGGAUGAGAAACGCCUGAACAAGGAGCGGAAAUUGGAACUGAGGAGGCUGGAACUGGAGAUUGCCAGGGAGCUGAAGAAGCCAAAUGAAGACAUGUGUCUGGCCGAUCAUAAGCCUCUUCCAGAGUUUUCCAGAAUCCCUGGCCUGAUCUUGCCGGGGGGUGCGGUGUCUGACUGCCUGAUGCUGAUGCAGUUCCUACGCGGCUUUGGGAAGGUGCUAGGCUUCGAUGUGGGGGUGGACGUACCCACCCUGGGCAUGCUGCAGGAGGGCCUGCUCAACGUGGGAGACAGCAUGGGACACGUCCAGGACCUGCUGGUCAGACUGCUCUCCCUGGCCGUGUGUGACCCUGGACUGCCCCCUGGACACAAGACCAAGACCAUGCUGGGGGAUCAUCUGACCAACGUGGGCAUCAACCGGGACAAUGUGUCGGAGGUGCUGCAGAUGUACAUGGGGGCCCAUUGCGGGCAGACUGACCUGGCUGAGCUGGCCCUCAGCCUGAAGACCAAGGCCUUCCAGGCUCACACCCCCACCCAGAAGGCCUCCAUACUAGGCUUCCUGGCCAAUGAGCUGGCCUGCAGCAAGAGUGUCGUCAGUGAGAUCGACAAGAACCUUGAUCACAUGACCAACAUGAGGAAGGACAAGUGGCUGAUCGAGGGCAAACUCAAAAAGUUGAGGACCAUCCAUGCCAAACGGACCGGGAAGAGAGAUACCAGCAUGGGAGGGGAGGAGGCCCAGCCCCUGGGUACGCCCUCCUCUGGCCUCAAACGCAAGAGAAAGGCCGGAGCAGAAAGCGACGACGACGAUGAAGAAGACGAAGACAGCGACGACCUGGCCGAUGAAGAUGACGAGGAAGAGGAGGAGGAGAUGAAGAAGGGGAAGAAAGUGGAAACGUGUGACGAGGACGAUGGGGACCAAUCAACUAGUGUGGAGGAGCUGGAGAAACAGAUAGAGAAGCUAGCCAAGCAACAGCACCAGGUGAGGAGGAAGCUGUUUGAGGCGUCCCACUCCCUGCGCUCCAUGAUGUACGGCCAGGACCGGUACCGCCGGCGCUACUGGGUUCUGCCCCACUGUGGAGGGGUCUUCAUCGAGGCCAUGGAGAGCGGAGAAGCUGCAGGGGAGCUGGAGAACGAGAGGGAGAGGAGGAGGGCGGCAGCAGGGGAGGUGCACAUCAAGGAGGAGCCGCAGGAGGAGGAGGUGCAGAAGAAGAAACCUGGGGGCGUCGGUGGGGAGGAGAGGAGCGUCUACACCCCCGUGGGGUCAGAGGAAGGGAAGGAGGAGAAGAAAAGUUCUCCCAAUCUUUUCCUCUUGCAGUCAGCCUCUCUCUCCAAACUGACCACGCUCCUCCACGCCGCUAAGGAAGUGGCCAAGGCAACCCGCGAAGCCGAGGCAGACCCCCAUCCCAAAUACAAUGGCAGCCCCACUCCACUCUCUGUUACCACGACAACAAUAACAACACCACCAUCCUAUCCCGCCCACAACGCCUCUCUACCCGCCUUACCUACAAGCUCCUGUGCGUCGACAGCACCUAACCUGCCAUGCGAGGAGGCCAAACCCGGCUACCCCUCCUCCACCUCGUCUCCCUCCUCGUUCUCCUCCCUCCUGAGCCCCCCACCCCAGCUUUUCAGCCCUAUGAAGAACUCCACCCUAAUCCCUAACCCUCCACAGCUCCAGUACCUCCCCAGUGACCAGCUCCUCAGGGUCCUGACAGAGAGGAGCGGUCACUGGUUCACCCUGCUCCCCCGCUCCCCCUGUGACGACACCUCCAUCACCACCUCUCCCUCCCCAGGGCCCGGCCCUCUCCAGUCCUCCCCGCUGCCCUCCUCCAGCCUCACGCGGCCCAGGUCUCCCCCGGCCUCCCCCGCCCUGCCUCUCACCCCCUCGGCAGCGUCGGCCUCAGCCAGCCCCCACCAUCCAGCUGGCUUCAUCAACUACCCUCUGUCAGCCCUGCAGGGUAAGGCUGGCGGGUCGUUGCUGGGUCUCUCAGCGUUCUGCGGUGGCUGGCCCAGUGGAAUGCUGAGCCCCAGCCAGCUGCCCUUCUGCAGCAGCCCCCUGCCAGGCCACUCAGGCCUCAGCUCCGUGGAGGGCAGUGCCAACGCGGCGCCCAGCGUCUCCAGCAAGAGCGAGUCGCCUGUUCCUCCCGGCGAGAAGCUCUCGUCCACGGUGCCCUCUCCCGCCAUGAUGGAGGUGCCCAAGCACUCGGAUCACCCCACACCACGGCCCAUCCCAGAGGAGAUGCUGUCAGGCUGGUGGCGGGUGUCAGACAUUGAAGAGCUGCGCUCCCUGGUGGAGUCCCUCCACAGCCGGGGAGUCAGAGAGAAGGUCCUGCACCGACAGGUGCACAAAUACAUGGAGCUCAUCCCACAGGUCUGCACCAAGCACCGAGACGCGGCCAUGAUAGAGCUGUGUGAGCUGGAGGAGAGCCAGGUGAGUGUGGAGUCAGUGCGGGGGUGGUGUGUGGAGGAGCAGGCCAUGGAGAUGGACAUUGCUGUGCUGCAGCAGGUGGAGGAGCUGGAGAGGAAGGUCACCACCGCCAGCCUGCAGGUGAAGGGCUGGAUGUACCCCGAGCCCCAAUCAGAGAGGGAGGACCUGGUCUACCACGAGCACAAGCCCCUCCCCAAACACCAACCAGCGGCGGGCGGCGCUGGCGACAAAGACCAACCGGAGGACAAGGCGGACCACAAGGCGGGCGGCGUGGUGCGUCACGCGGACAACCCUCUGGACAUAGCGGUGACGCGGCUGGCGGACCUGGAGAGGAACAUCGAGAGGAGGUACCUGAGAAGCCCCUUAGGUACCACCAUUCAGAUCAGGCUGGAUAAUGUGGGGGCUAUCGGUACCGUCACUGUCCCCGCUCCCUCCAGUAGUGCUGACAGGGAAGGGGGCGAGGAGGAGGUGGCCCAUGGGAUGAAGGUGUGGAGGAAGGCCCUGGGCGACGUCCGCAGUGCCGCCCAGCUGGCCAUGUGUCUCCAGCAGCUCCAGAAGUCCAUCGCCUGGGAGAGGUCCAUCAUGAAAGUGUACUGUCAGAUCUGCAGGAAGGGUGACAACGAGGACCUGCUCCUGCUGUGUGACGGCUGUGACAAAGGCUGCCACACGUACUGUCACAAACCCAAGAUCACCACCAUCCCCGAGGGGGACUGGUACUGCCCCGCCUGCAUAUCCAAGGCAAGCGGCCCGUCUCCCAAGAACAAGAAGCCACCCAGCAAACCGGUGGCGGGUGGAAGCGGGAAGAAACCCACCGCUGCCGAGGCCAAGCGGAACGGGAAGCAGGCCGGCAACAGUAACGGUAACGUGGAGGUGUCAGAGGACGACUCGGCGAGCGCCAGCGGCACCCCGAAGAAAGGAGGAGGAGCGAAAGAGCCCCCCAGCAGGAAGAGGAAAGGAGAGGAGAGCCCCGCCCUGUCCAAGGAACCGCCCACACCUCAGUCACCCAGUCAGGAGAGCCCUGUGGUGUGUGUGAAGAGAGCCAAGACAGCCAGAGACAACAACAGAGAUCUGGGUUUGUGCAGGGUGCUCCUGGCUGAGUUGGAGCGUCACCAGGAUGCCUGGCCCUUCCUCAACCCCGUCAACACCAAGGGGAUCCCUGGUUACAGGAAGGUCAUCAAGAAGCCCAUGGACUUCGCCACCAUCAGAGAGAAGCUCGUCAGCAGCCAGUAUCAGAAUCUGGAGACUUUCAUUAUUGACGUCAACCUGGUUUUUGAUAACUGUGAAAAGUUUAAUGAAGACAAUUCAGACAUUGGGCGAGCGGGACACAACAUGAGGAAGUUCUUUGAUAAGAGAUGGACAGAGCUUCUCAAUCAAAUAAACUAAUCCAUCAAUUUGGAUGUUGUUUUACCGAUCAUCAUCACUGUCUCGAACCAGACCUCAAGUAAAGUUCUAUUUGACAUUUCAUAGCAGAGGCACCACGUUUUGGGAAUGACAAGAUGAUGAUGCUGGUCCCUCUGUACUUUGGGACGAACCCGGGGCAGUUAAAGUGAAAUGUCAACAGACAGACUUGUAAUGCUAGUGUUGCUACAGUACAACAGGGAUCCAAACACCCAAAGAGUCCCACACAAUGUCAACCGGGUGUCUUAGUGCAAUACCAUUUCCUGUUCAAGAUCAUUGCACUGAAUCCUCAUCCUGCUCAACCACCCAAGAUGCAUCUGCGGUAGAAUACUUUCCACUACUUGUAAAUAGACGUUUUAUUUUUUAUUUAAUCGUAUUAUAGUGAAUGUAUUUAAUUUUUUAAUAAUUAUUUAUGAAUCAAUAAAUAAAAUAAAAAAGGUCCACAUCAUUUUCUAUGAAAAGGAAGAAUCAGCUCAACUGCUUUGAAUCGAAAGGAAUGUCUAUCUUUGUGUUUGACUUUUAUUAGAUUUUUUUCCCAAAUAUGAAACAAAGCCAAGAAAAAAAAUUGCUGUUUACACUGUUCUAUGCUUUUGGGAACCAGAGGACUGUAAUCAUUACGUUAAAACUGUACAACUGCAUUUAAUUACAAAAAUUGCAGAAAAACAGUCAGACAAUGGUGAUACAUGUAUAUAUACUGUUUAUUAAUGUCAAUAUUCAAGUCUUGUUUGGAACGAAUUGUUUAAAAUAUCAGAUAUUGUUUAUGCCUUAGAAUGAUUGUAGCAUUCUAUUCUAUUUUAGUGAAAGUGAUUAAAAAAAAACAUUAUAAAUAUUGUUUGUACAAUAUAUACAUAUCCUCUGCAAACACUGUGGUAUCCUUAAUCUUGGUAGUGCCUACCCUUCCAACAGGGGCGUAGGGGAUAUAAUUUUUGGGGUUUUUCCAUUUUUAUGAUGACAUUAUUUUUAUAUAAUUUAAAUCCAACAUGGCCUCCAAAGUCUGACAGUGACACAGUAAUCUUUCCUCUCCAUACAGAAAGAGAAAAACAAACGACGUUUAAGUAUUUUUUUGGUCUUUUUUUUCCAUGAAACAUUUCCCCACAUCUGCCUUGCCACAGUACAGAGGACGUAAGGCCAUUUGUAACCACUGUGUUUGAAUCUUGCUGUGUGUCGUGGCCUAAUGGAGGCAGCUAGAGUUUUUUGUACCCAAGUCAGAGUACUUGAAGUUACUUUAUUUAAGAUAUUGUGGAAAAAAAGUAUCAUUCUUUUUGUAGGAGCUUUAUUUUUCACUAGUGUGUGGCACGGACCUAUUAAAGGAUGUUUUUCAACCUA